GACAAUUCAUCCGUCAGCAAAGCCUCCGAUGUUUUCUAAACGCAAGAAACUUUAAAGUAGCUCGACAAGUUUUCCUUUGGAGAGCGUCGGGAUAAGCGCAACUUUCAGACCGUGUGAUGUGAACGUUUAUCUGUCGACGUGAGCGGUUGAUAGGGAGAGUUCAGGCCUGUCCGAGCACCGGGGGAAAAACCAGAGUGCACCAUGUAUAUGCACUGUAACGGAUCCACAAUGGAGCUGGAGCUGGUGAAGAUGAAAACACACUACCGUGGGGAUAUGUUGAUCACAGACCUGGCUCCCACUGUAACCUUUGUGGAGUUGUGUGAGGAGGUGAGAACGAUAUGCAGUGUUGCCAAGCAGCAGCCCAUCACACUCAAGUGGAUCGAUGAUGAAGGGGACCCUUGUACCAUCUCGUCUCAGAUGGAGCUGGAGGAAGCGUUUCGAAUUUACCAUCGAACCAAAACGUCUGGAUUGCUGCUGCAUGUUUUCCCCAGUAUCCCGGAGCAGCCUGGCAUGGCCUGUCCUGGAGAAGACAAAUCGAUCUAUCGCCGCGGGGCCAGAAGAUGGAGGAAACUCUACCGAGUCAACGGACACCUCUUCCAGGCCAAGCGCUUUAACAGGAAAGCCUACUGUGGCCACUGUAGUGAAAGGAUAUGGGGGCUGGGCAGGCAGGGCUACAAGUGUAUCAACUGCAAACUGCUUGUCCAUAAGCGCUGUCACAGACUCAUCCCUCAGACCUGCCAAAGGCUUAUGGAUCCAGUCAUGCCAUCACAGGAGCCCCUGUCAGACGCCAAGAGUGAGGAGGUGGAUCUUCCUCCGGAUGACACAGAAGACACAGAUGGGAUAUCCUUUUUACCACACAACUGUACAGUGGAUAAAACAGAUGAUGCAGAUACUGAGGACAUCAAAGCAGUAGUGGAUGGCAUUGAUGGCAUUAAGCUGUCCCAGGGCCUGGCUCUCGGGCUGGGAGACUUUGACAUGAUCCGAGUUAUCGGCCGCGGCAGCUACGCCAAAGUGCUGCUGGUUCGGCUAAAGAAGAAUGAGCAGGUGUACGCAAUGAAGGUGGUGAAGAAGGAGCUGGUCCAUGAUGAUGAGGAUAUUGACUGGGUGCAGACAGAGAAGCAUGUGUUUGAGCAGGCGUCCACCAAUCCAUUCUUAGUAGGCCUCCACUCUUGCUUCCAGACAGAGAGUCGGUUAUUUCUGGUGAUUGAGUAUGUGAACGGCGGCGACUUGAUGUUUCAUAUGCAACGACAAAGGAAGCUCCCAGAAGAACAUGCCAGAUUUUAUGCUGCUGAAAUUUGCAUCGCUCUGAACUUCCUGCACGAAAAGGGCAUCAUCUAUCGUGACCUGAAGCUGGACAACGUUCUGUUGGACUACGACGGACACAUCAAGCUCACAGACUACGGCAUGUGCAAGGAAGGGAUCAGACCAGGUGACACAACUAGUACUUUUUGUGGGACACCAAACUACAUCGCACCUGAGAUCCUCAGAGGAGAAGACUACGGCUAUAGUGUGGACUGGUGGGCUCUGGGCGUGCUGAUGUUUGAGAUGAUGGCUGGCAGGUCCCCGUUUGACAUCAUCACCGACAAUCCUGACAUGAACACAGAGGAGUACCUCUUUCAAGUUAUUCUUGAGAAGCCCAUUCGUAUCCCAAGGUCUCUGUCGGUGAAAGCUGCCAGUGUGCUCAAGGGUUUUCUAAACAAGGAUCCUAAAGAGCGGCUGGGAUGCCAGGUCCAAGAGGGCUUCACAGACAUCAAGUCACACACAUUUUUCCGCAGUAUAGACUGGGACCAGCUGGAGAAGAAAGAUGUGACGCCGCCCUUCAAACCUCAAAUCUCUGACGACUAUGGCCUCGAAAACUUUGACACGCAGUUUACGAAUGAACCAGUGCAGCUAACACCAGAUGAUGAGGACGUCAUCAAGAGAAUAGACCAGUCAGAAUUUGAGGGAUUUGAAUACAUCAACCCCCUGCUGCUAUCCACAGAAGAGUCUGUAUGAAGGAGAGACGAAGCUUCCUCCUUCGCCCACCUACUGUCUGUCCAAGCUGCCGUUUCAGCCAAAAACCACUCGCAACUCGCCAAUUCUGUAAGGCGAGCAGAAGAGUAAAGGACGAUGGGGAGGACGAACUCACCCUCUGGACCUGUUAACAAGGCAAACAGGAGAGUGGGAGAGUUUCCUUCCUGGACGAUUCAGUUUUGUUGGGAGUAGCAAACUCUUCUUUCUACAUGGAAAAAAUAAAGAGGCUGAACUACAAGAACAUUCCCUUUCGUUCCACUGUCUUCCCCCCUUUUCUUUUCUUUUCUUAAUCUCCCCUGGCUUCAUCCCUCUGUUCCGUCAGAAUGUCCAUCCUCAUGUCAAAGCACGACUGGCUUUGUAAUUUGAACAGAGAGCUGUUGUUGAUUCUGUGCCUGCCAUCAUGAACACAUCUCAACUUGACUCACAUCCCUGGAUGAAUAUGAUGGUUCUGUUAAUGAACUUGACAUUUUAUGUGCACUUUGUUUUCUUUUUCCUUUUUUCAUCUUGUAGGGCGGGGCGAGGCCUCACACGAACAAGAAUGUACGAGAGGAAAAAAAAAAAGUUAUUAUUGUGUAUUAUAUUGUAGGUAGUUGAUCCAAAAUUGACGAUGCCUUUUUAUUGAUGCAAGUGGCACAUUUUCAUUCGUAAUCACAAACUCUCCUUUUUAUCUCUAUCUUUUAUGGUUUUCACAAACACUUGGGGGAGGGGGGGAUAACAAACUGGGACACAACUUUUUAUUUAAGAAGUGCCUCAAAGUUCAAAUUAAUGAUCUUGUCUCUGAAUGCACUUACUGAACAUUUCUUCACCCAUCGUGGACUCAGCUGUGGAUGAGCUGUGCCAGGGUUGGCCCAAAUUGUUCAAAUUUAGAGGGGAAUCAAUACAUUUGGAGCAAAGUGACCUGCCACAGUCCCAACACCUGACUGAAUCUUUUCAUGUUUAAUGAAUAAAUCGUGGUUUUUAAUGAAUCAUCCAUAAAUGACUGACUCUGGUGGCUGUAGGAGACGAAAUGCUCAAAGUUGAAGUCUUCAGUAUAAUAGAUAGUGACGACUGUGUCCUGCUUACCAAGAGUUUUUUCAGAUGCCAAAUGAUAAUUUUGAACUGUCACAGGUGGCUUUGAUCCAGCAGAGAGCAUCUGUACAGUGCUGGAAAACACUGUACAGCCUUUAUACACCCAGUAUGAAGGUGUAUAAAGGCCACGGUGCAAUCACAGCCUGGGAGAUUUGGAAAAACCUGAUAUCAGGGCUUCGGCUAAGAGGCAUUUCAUUGGCUCUGGCCUCCACAGUGUGUACUGGCUUGCUGGCCGAGCUCGGAUUCUUCCACACCAGCUGCCACUGCGUGACCAUCUGCAGCCAGUCGAAAAAUGUCAUGUGACCGGUGGGUUGUUCUGCCUUGUGGAAACGUGUCUCAUUUCUAUUUCGGGAUCAUUGUGUGUUUCCAUCCCGGCACUGAGGCUGACUUUACAUGGUGCAACUCGGAUGCUACUGCAGCUGAGUCCCACUGACAUCGUGAGAUUCUUCCUUUAGUCAAAAAGACCAAGUGAAAUGACAAAAGUAAUCUGUUUGGAUUAAAAAUCGUGCUAAUCCCUCAGAAAGGUCUCGGAGUGGGCGGCCGGUGUUAUUGUGUCAUGGACAGUUGAACUGACUGUAGAGAACAGGCAAAGGACCGACAGCAUGUUAUUAACAGUGGUAUUAAAUAAUAUUAACCGCAGCUUUUAGGGUCAAACAAUAUAAAACGUAUUAUUAGGGACUUAAAAGGCAAAGUCAAAUACUGAGGACGUUUAAUGUCACUAGGACUUUAAAUAAUAAAACAUUUUUCUCUCAGGAAUCAUAUUUUUCAUAAAUGUUUCACAUGGAGAUUAAAACUAUGCUUCUCAAAUUAAAUUCUGAUGAUUGAUAUUUUCUAGUUACGUGUUAGAGCUCCAACAUCGGGCAGUUUGUUAGUCAUGAUGAGAAGUUUCAAGAUUUAUAGACACAUUUUGAAUAUAUAUCAUAACCAUUGGUCGAUUUUAGAUCAUUUAUCGAGUAUCAACCACAAUCAAAUAUUCAGACAGAAAACCAAAAGUUGGCAUCAAACAGGCAUCAAUGUCUUGAUUUAAAUCAGGAAACAUAUAAUUUAUGUUACACAUUCUUCAAUUACAAAGUUGACUUAGUUAUCACUGACCUGUUGAAAUAAAAAAGUUCAAACAUGUUUAUAUUUGCAUUGAUCAUAAAGCUUCAGCAUCAGUCGGAGGCUUAAUCAAUAACAGACAGUUGCCCGGUGUAAAGUCAGCCUGGCCCACACUGCUCAGCUCUACAGCCCCCGUGGUUCAGAGGGUUUUUAAUCACAAUUCGCGUUGCCCCUGAAGCAGCUUAUUGUAUACAGGGAAGUUUUAGGCUGUUUCUAGUUCAGGCAGGUUUGACUUCAUACACUGCCACAUUUAUACACAGCAAGCAGCGCAAAGGGAAGUGUAGGAGCCUUGUGCUCAUAAAACAAACACAUGCACAACACAUAUGUGAAUAUCAUACGAUUUUAUUUUAAAACCACUUCUCCUACAAGCUUUGUGUUAAUCGCUAUGUCUGUGCACUUGUGAGGAAAGACAGCUCUGUGUUGGCUGAGAAGUGUUUGACGAAAUCUGACCCGUGCUAAUUUGAUAACAACAUAAUAGGAUUAAUUAGCUGAUCCUGAGUCAAAGGGCCUCCAUUAGCUGCAGGGCCUUUACAGUCAGGCAAGGAACGGAUAGAGAGAGGAGAGAUAAAGAAGCAGCACCGAUUAGUUCACCACACUGAACACACACUUGAAGAAGCUGGAAAUCACUUCUGCUCUGAAGGAAGCUUCGCCCUCCGACCCUCUGAACUUCAUUAAUGUCAUGUUUUCACACAGCAGGUGAAACAUUAGUGUCAUCCUUUUUUUCUGAAGGGACCAACAGAUGAACUGGGAGUCCUUGAAACCACAGCACAGAAGAGUAAACAUUAAGAGUAAGCCAUUGUAAAACAAACAGUACUCGUCUAAAAUUGAAUGAACCUAACAUACCACUGGUGGGGAACGCCUCCUUUUGCUUCACCGCAUUUUUGUAAAUAUGUGUAAUUAUAAAAAAUGAUACUGGA